AAAAGUACUUUUAUAUAUAUAUGUGUGUUUUUGUUUAUAAUGUACAAACGUAGCAGUUGUAUAGUUAAAAAGAUUUGGUUCACUUUUAAGUAUUGUGAUUUAUUACGCGUACAGUAAUGGGUGUUUUAAUUCUGGCAUUACUGAUAACUUUGCUAAGUGUAUCGUUUGCUUAUAACAGAUUCGCUCUCACGGACUGUAGUCCCAGUAACAACAGGUUGCUGACAAUAAAAGGACACUUACUGGAUUAUCCGGUGAAGAUACCGGGUCAUGUCCGAGUCUCGAGCACGGUGGACAUCCACAGACCAAUCAGAGCUGGACAAUUGAGACUGGACGUAACCAUUCAGAAAUGGAUAGUUUUUGGAUACUUCACUCUGCCAUGUAUCUCCUCCGCUGGAAGUUGCUCAUAUGAUCUCUGUGACCUACUGUUGUGGUUUGAAGAUACAGGUUGUCCCUGGCAACUGAAGUCCAGCAACUUCCCAUGCACAUGUCCAUUUUCCAAUGGAACAUACACACUCGACCCACAUCCAUUCCGCAUCCCAGAAGUAACGAUAUGGCAAUGGAUUGCAUAUGGUGAUUUCCGAGUGAUAGGCAGCCUUAUUGAUAAAGAUACCUCACAGGAAGUAUCAUGUUACAGUUUAGAAUUCACAGUCCAGAGUGCUCGGACCUUCGGGCGCUGGUGGUAGACAUCUUACUACAAUGUUAUGUUGUAUGUUAUUUGGUACACCACAUCUAACUUGGAAGCUGUGUUUAGCAUCUGAGAAUACAAUUACAUUCAAACACUUGUGACUUAGGCAUAGGAAAUAGAGAUCAAUAUAAUUGCACCUUUACUAAUCCUACCAGGUGUUCCGUAUUACAAAAGUGCUUCUAUUGUGACACUUUGAUACAAGCAAAACUGUAUUAUCUGCGCUAUUAAUUACUUACUUGUACUUCAUUUCAUUAUUUGCUGGUAAAAAGUUAAUUUUUUACCAUAUGUAAGUUGACAGAAUCAUAGGAACCAUGUUUUGAGGGGUAAAUCAAACACAAAUGAAUAAAUACUAAAUGUUUUUGUUGUGCUAAAAAGUAUGCUAUUGUGUCUAAAACAGUUUUCAUUUUCCACUCAAUUGUGUAAUUGCAAGGGAAGUAAACUAAUAGAUAUCUCUGCUUAUAA